AUGACUUCCUCGGCACCGCCGCUGACCGCGGGCGACGAGGAUGUCACGGCGUCCCCACAGCGGCUCUUGCUGCUUGGAACAAACCCGUCUGAGGGCCGCAGUAGGGACAUCAUGGCUUCCUCGCCGCCACCGCCGAAAGCAGGCGGCAAGGAUGCCACGAUGUUCUCGCGGCAGCCCUCGCUACCUGGGAGCAGAACUGCUCGAGGGCCGUGGCAGGGACGCCGUGAUGGGCCGAAGCGGACGGCGAACGCGCCCACGUCCUCCUUUCUUCUCACCUCGCCACCCCACGGGCUACGCCCAAGCGCUGCCCUGUUCCCUUGCUGUUUUCCUCAACUCCGGCGGACUUCCUCCGAUUGCACGGAGUGUGACGCUGAGUGCUAUCAGGAGUGUGAUUCUUGCUGCGAGUACUCAGAAGUGGCUGAAGAAAAUGCUAAGUUGAAGAAGCAGACUGAGGCUGGUAUACUCAAGUGUCACCAAGGGAUUGAAACCUUGAACCAGAUUCUUGGUCUUCAAAUUCCUCGCCGACGCAAGGAUGGUAUCGGUUUUCAGAGGAAGUACAAUGUUAAUGGUGAUGCUUGGCUCCCUAAGCAAUAUCCCCCUACAAAGUUUGUCCAGGGAAGAGGGAAGUACACUGAGGUUCCUCCAUUUGUGGGAAAUCUGAAUCCCCGUAAGGAUGCUUCAAAGCGUCCCAAUAGUUCACGUGCUUACCCGAUAUUCCAUGUUGAUGAAUCUUACAUUCUGAAGAUGGGUAAGGAUAAUAAAGUGAGAGCUAAUUUCACUGGAACCAUAAUGCGUGGAGAACAUGCAAAACCUCAAAUCUGGGUGCCAAAAUCUGUCAUUACAUUUUUCCGUAAUGCCCUGUGUUCUUCAAGUUCUACUAACAUGCAGGAACCCAUGAAAACAUGGGUGCCUAAACGAGCCUAACUUUCUUCGUAGGCAUAUGCAUCUGGAGGAAGAGAAUGGGUCAUGGACUCCGGAUGUACGAAUCACAUGACCGGUGAGAAGAAAAUGUUUAGCUCUUUAGAACUUGGUCCUCAACAUCAUGAGAACAUCACUUUUGAUGACAAUGGUAAGGGAAAGGUAAUCGUUCUCGGCAAAAUUGCUAUUUCCAAGGAAAAUGACCUGGCUAUCAAUGAAGUACUUCUUGUUGAAUCACUUGGAUAUAAUCUUCUAUCAGUUGCUUAACUAUGUGAUAAUGGACUAAUCGUUUGCUUCACAAGACAAUAUGUCUAUGUUACUUCAGAAAAGGAUAACUCUUUUGUCUUCAGAGGGCGAAGAAAGGGUAACCUCUAUCUUGUAAAUUUUGAAGACUCCGCAUACUCACCCCCUACGUGUCUAGUUGCAAAAUCCUCACUAGGGUGGCUCUGGCAUAGAAGACUCGGUCAUGUGGUGUAACAUCCCAAAAUUUCAAAGUUUUACAUGAGCAUUACAUCCAUAAGCAUCAUGCCACAAUUGCAUGUUUGAAUUCAAAUUUAAAUCACAAAAGACUUUAAUAGAUUUUGUUUACAC